GGGGCUUCUCAAGAGGGGGGGCGGAGCCUCAGAUCGGGUGUGAGGAGAGCCGGAGGGGUACGUUUUCCGCGGAGGGCGAGCGAGGGGAGCAGGGCUGAAGCAGGGCCGCGGACCCGGCGCGCUCCUGCGGGCCCCGCAGAACUACUGCCACCGAGGCCUCCGCCGGCGCCAGUCGAAAGCUAGCCGCAUCUUCAGGGGCAGCGGGGCAGCUGCUGGCAGCGCGGCGGGAGAGCGGCUGACAGUGCUGACAGUGGGGAUGCGAGGUCCUCCAGUAGUCUGACCUGAGUGGGUUAGCACUCCGGAAGAACUAGCAGACCAACUUGGUCAGGAAGGUUCAGGAAGCUGUUGGAGAGAAGUGUUGGGAUUUCCCACCAGGAUGAGUAUGAUUGGCUGUGAUUUUAGAUCAUAAAACAGAAAAUCGAAAACAUGAAAGUAGACAGGACUAAACUGAAAAAGACACCUACUGAGGCUCCUGCAGACUGCAGAGCCUUAAUAGACAAACUCAAAGUUUGUAAUGAUGAGCAACUCCUCUUGGAACUGCAGCAGAUCAAAACAUGGAACAUUGGGAAGUGUGAGUUAUACCACUGGGUGGAUCUGUUGGACCGCUUUGAUGGAAUCCUGGCAGAUGCUGGACAAACAGUGGAAAAUAUGUCGUGGAUGCUCGUAUGUGAUAGGCCGGAACGAGAACAACUGAAAAUGCUUCUCUUGGCUGUAUUGAACUUCACAGCCUUGCUCAUUGAGUACAGCUUUUCCCGGCAUCUGUACAGUUCCAUAGAGCAUUUGACAACUUUAUUGGCUUCCUCUGAUAUGCAAGUGGUGCUGGCAGUCCUUAAUCUUCUGUAUGUAUUUAGCAAAAGAUCAAACUAUAUCACACGCCUCGGAUCUGACAAGAGAACCCCACUGCUAACCCGGCUGCAACACUUGGCAGAGAGCUGGGGUGGAAAGGAGAAUGGCUUUGGACUUGCAGAAUGUUGCAGAGACUUGCAUAUGAUGAAAUACCCACCCAGUGCAACUACACUACACUUUGAAUUCUAUGCAGACCCUGGGGCCGAGGUCAAAAUCGAGAAAAGGACAACUAGUAACACACUACAUUAUAUUCACAUAGAGCAACUUGACAAGAUUUCAGAAAGUCCUUCUGAAAUCAUGGAAUCUCUUACCAAAAUGUACAGCAUUCCUAAGGAUAAGCAGAUGCUGUUAUUUACACACAUACGACUGGCCCAUGGCUUUUCUAAUCACAGGAAACGAUUGCAAGCUGUUCAAGCCAGGCUGCAUGCAAUAUCUAUAUUAGUGUUUAUUUCUCCUUUUGCAGUGUAUUCCAAUGCCUUGCAGGAGUCAGCAAACAGUAUCUUGUAUAAUGGGUUGAUAGAGGAGUUGGUAGAUGUCCUUCAGAUAACAGAUAAGCAGCUUAUGGAGAUUAAAGCUGCUUCUUUACGAACAUUAACAUCAAUUGUCCACUUGGAGAGAACUCCCAAACUCAGCAGUAUUAUUGACUGUACUGGAACUGCCUCUUACCAUGGAUUUUUGCCUGUACUUGUACGGAACUGUAUCCAGGCCAUGAUUGAUCCUUCCAUGGAUCCAUACCCACACCAGUUUGCCACUGCUCUGUUCUCUUUUUUAUACCAUCUGGCCAGCUACGAUGCUGGUGGUGAAGCCUUGGUCUCCUGUGGAAUGAUGGAAGCCUUAUUGAAGGUCAUAAAGUUUCUUGGCGAUGAGCAGGACCAGAUCACAUUUGUCACCAGAGCUGUCAGAGUGGUUGACCUCAUCACCAACCUGGACAUGGCAGCUUUUCAAUCCCAUAGUGGACUUUCUAUCUUCAUUUAUAGACUUGAGCAUGAAGUAGAUUUGUGUCGAAAAGAAUGUCCAUUUGUGAUCAAGCCAAAGAUCCAGAGACCCAGUACUACACAAGAAGGAGAAGAAAUGGAAACUGAUAUGGAUGUUGCAGAUGUGACUAUGGAAAGUAGUCCAGGCUCAUCCAUCUCUAUGGAGCACCGGCUAGAUGUUGAAUUAAGGGCAUCAAGUUCUAGCAGCAGCACUAGCAUCUCCUCUGGCUCUGGCCCUGGCCCCCGUCCUGGAGUCCAGUGUAUUCCGCAAAGAGCAGCACUUCUCAAAUCCAUGUUGAAUUUCCUCAAGAAGGCCAUUCAAGACCCUGCUUUCUCAGAUGGCAUACGACAUGUGAUGGAUGGUUCUCUCCCUACCUCCCUGAAACACAUCAUCAGUAAUGCAGAAUACUAUGGCCCAUCACUCUUCCUCCUAGCUACUGAAGUGGUGACUGUGUUUGUAUUUCAAGAACCAUCACUGCUCUCCUCACUCCAGGACAAUGGAUUAACAGAUGUUAUGCUUCAUGCACUGCUUAUCAAAGAUGUUCCUGCCACCCGUGAAGUCCUUGGCUCCCUCCCAAAUGUAUUCAGUGCACUCUGCUUGAAUGCCCGAGGUCUUCAGUCAUUUGUACAGUGUCAGCCUUUUGAACGUCUUUUCAAAGUUCUUCUGUCUCCAGAUUACCUCCCAGCCAUGCGAAGGAGGAGGAGUUCUGAUCCUCUUGGGGAUACUGCAUCUAACCUGGGGAGUGCUGUUGAUGAGCUCAUGAGACAUCAGCCCACCCUCAAAACAGAUGCAACAACUGCGAUCAUCAAGUUACUUGAAGAAAUCUGUAAUCUUGGAAGAGACCCUAAAUACAUCUGUCAGAAGCCAUCAAUCCAGAAGGCAGAUGGCACUGCCACUGCUCCUCCUCCAAGAUCUAAUCAUGCUGCAGAAGAGGCCUCUAGUGAGGAUGAGGAGGAAGAAGAAGUACAGGCCAUGCAGAGCUUUAAUUCUACCCAACAGAAUGAAACCGAGCCUAAUCAACAGGUUGUUGGUACAGAGGAGCGUAUUCCUAUUCCCCUCAUGGAUUACAUCCUUAAUGUGAUGAAAUUUGUGGAAUCUAUUCUGAGCAACAAUACAACAGAUGACCACUGCCAGGAAUUUGUGAAUCAGAAAGGACUCUUGCCUUUGGUUACCAUUUUGGGUCUUCCCAAUCUGCCCAUUGACUUUCCCACAUCUGCGGCCUGUCAGGCUGUUGCAGGUGUCUGCAAAUCCAUAUUGACACUGUCACAUGAACCCAAAGUCCUUCAGGAGGGUCUCCUUCAAUUGGACUCCAUCCUUUCAUCCUUGGAGCCCUUACACCGCCCAAUUGAAUCCCCUGGAGGCUCAGUGUUGUUGCGAGAACUGGCUUGUGCUGGCAAUGUUGUUGAUGCUACCCUCUCAGCUCAGGCCACACCUCUACUGCAUGCACUCACUGCUGCCCAUGCCUACAUCAUGAUGUUUGUUCAUACUUGCAGAGUUGGACAGAGUGAAAUUCGUUCCAUCUCCGUAAACCAGUGGGGCUCUCAGUUGGGUCUGAGUGUUCUGAGCAAGCUGAGCCAGUUAUACUGUUCCCUGGUGUGGGAAAGCACUGUCCUUCUCUCCCUGUGUACCCCAAACAGCCUACCAUCUGGGUGUGAAUUUGGCCAGGCGGACAUGCAGAAACUAGUUCCAAAGGAUGAGAAGGCAGGUACGACCCAGGGCGGAAAAAGAUCAGAUGGGGAACAGGAUGGAACAUCUGCAAGUAUGGAUGCUUCUACCCAGGGCUUAUUAGAAGGCAUUGGGCUUGAUGGUGACACAUUGGCUCCCAUGGAGACAGAUGAACCUACUGCUUCAGACUCUAAAGGCAAAUCUAAAAUCACACCUGCUAUGGCUGCCAGAAUCAAGCAAAUCAAGCCUUUAUUGUCAGCAUCCUCCAGAUUAGGCCGAGCGCUCGCUGAACUAUUUGGACUCCUUGUUAAACUUUGUGUGGGGUCUCCUGUCCGCCAGAGAAGGAGCCAUCAUGCUGCCAGCACCACCACAGCACCGACACCUGCUGCUCGAUCCACAGCCUCAGCCCUCACUAAGCUCCUCACAAAGGGCUUAUCUUGGCAACCUCCACCAUACACACCUACUCCCCGCUUCAGGCUGACAUUCUUCAUCUGUUCUGUUGGUUUUACAUCACCAAUGCUGUUUGAUGAGAGGAAGUAUCCCUACCACCUUAUGCUGCAGAAAUUUCUCUGCUCUGGAGGCCACAAUGCUCUUUUUGAAACUUUCAAUUGGGCUCUGUCCAUGGGAGGCAAAGUUCCUGUUGCUGAGGGAUUAGAACAUUCAGAUUUACCUGAUGGCACAGGAGAAUUCCUAGAUGCUUGGCUAAUGCUAGUGGAGAAGAUGGUGAAUCCCACCACAGUGCUUGAAUCUCCACAUUCGCUGCCUGCCAAAUUGCCUGGAGGUGUCCAGAACUUUCCACAAUUCAGUGCCCUCCGCUUCCUUGUGGUAACUCAGAAAGCAGCCUUUACUUGCAUCAAGAACCUGUGGAACCGGAAACCCCUGAAGGUAUAUGGCGGGCGAAUGGCUGAGUCAAUGCUAGCCAUCCUAUGCCACAUUCUCCGAGGAGAACCUGUGAUUCGAGAGAGACUGAGCAAAGAGAAGGAGGGAUCUCGAGGAGAAGAGGACACAGGGCAAGAGGAAGGCGGCUCUCGCCGGGAACCUCAAGUCAACCAGCAGCAACUGCAGCAGCUCAUGGACAUGGGCUUCACAAGGGAACAUGCCAUGGAGGCCCUGUUGAACACCAGCACCAUGGAGCAGGCCACAGAGUACCUUCUAACCCACCCUCCCCCAAUCAUGGGAGGAGUAGUUCGGGAUCUGAGUAUGUCCGAAGAGGACCAGAUGAUGAGAGCAAUUGCCAUGUCUCUGGGACAGGAUAUCCCAAUGGAUCAAAGAGCAGAGUCACCUGAGCUCUCCCAUAUGCUGUCAUUCUUCCUUCACUGCCUCCAGGAAGUUGCUUGUCGGAAGGAAGAGGAGGAACGGAAAGCUCGGGAAAAGCAGGAAGAGGAAGAAGCUAAAUGUCUAGAGAAGUUCCAGGAUGCUGAUCCAUUGGAACAAGAUGAGCUCCACACUUUCACAGAUACCAUGUUGCCAGGCUGCUUUCACCUUCUUGAUGAGCUGCCAGACACAGUGUACCGGGUGUGUGAUCUGAUAAUGACUGCAAUCAAACGUAAUGGAGCUGACUAUCGAGACAUGAUUCUGAAGCAAGUAGUCAAUCAGGUAUGGGAAGCUGCUGAUGUAUUGAUAAAAGCGGCUCUUCCCCUGACAACGAGUGACACAAAAACUGUGUCAGAGUGGAUCAGUCAGAUGGCCACCCUGCCCCAAGCCUCCAAUUUGGCUACUAGAAUCUUGCUUUUAACACUGCUUUUUGAGGAGUUGAAGCUACCCUGUGCCUGGGUGGUUGAAUCAAGUGGCAUCCUUAAUGUCCUAAUCAAACUCUUGGAAGUAGUUCAGCCCUGCCUACAGGCCGCCAAGGAGCAAAAGGAGGUCCAGACCCCAAAGUGGAUCACCCCAGUGUUGCUCCUGAUAGAUUUCUAUGAAAAGACAGCCAUCUCCUCUAAAAGAAGAGCCCAAAUGACUAAGUAUCUACAGUCCAACAACAACAACUGGCGCUGGUUUGAUGACCGCUCUGGGCGUUGGUGUAGUUACAGUGCAAGCAACAACAGCACUAUUGAUUCUGCAUGGAAAUCGGGAGAGACAAGUGUGCGUUUCACUGCAGGCCGAAGAAGAUACACUGUCCAGUUCACUACAAUGGUGCAGGUUAAUGAAGAAACAGGGAACCGGCGCCCUGUGAUGUUGACUCUCCUGAGGGUACCACGGCUGAAUAAAAACUCGAAAAAUAGCAAUGGACAGGAACUAGAGAAGACACUGGAAGAAAGCAAAGAAAUGGAUAUCAAACGUAAAGAAAAUAAACCCAGUGAUACUCCUUUGGCCCUAGAGAGUACAAAUACUGAAAAGGAGACGAGCCUGGAAGAAACAAAAAUUGGGGAGAUCCUGAUCCAGGGCCUGACAGAGGAUAUGGUGACUGUUUUAAUCCGGGCCUGCGUGAGCAUGCUAGGAGUCCCUGUGGACCCAGACACUUUGCAUGCCACCCUUCGCCUCUGCCUGAGGCUCACCCGAGACCACAAAUACGCCAUGAUGUUUGCAGAGCUGAAGAGUACCCGCAUGAUCUUGAAUUUGACCCAGAGCUCAGGCUUCAAUGGGUUUACUCCCCUGGUCACCCUUCUUUUAAGACACAUCAUUGAGGACCCCUGCACCCUCCGUCAUACCAUGGAAAAGGUGGUUCGCUCAGCAGCUACAAGUGGAGCUGGUAGCACUACCUCUGGUGUUGUGUCUGGCAGCCUUGGUUCUCGGGAGAUCAACUACAUCCUUCGUGUCCUUGGGCCAGCUGCAUGCCGCAAUCCAGACAUUUUCACAGAAGUAGCCAACUGCUGUAUCCGCAUUGCCCUUCCAGCCCCUCGAGGCUCAGGAACUGCUUCAGAUGAUGAAUUUGAGAAUCUUAGAAUUAAAGGUCCUAAUGCUGUACAGCUAGUGAAGACAACCCCUUUGAAGCCCUCGCCUCUGCCUGUCAUUCCUGAUACUAUCAAAGAAGUGAUCUAUGAUAUGCUGAAUGCCCUGGCUGCAUACCAUGCUCCAGAGGAAGCAGAGAAAUCUGACCCGAAGCCUGCGGGUAUGACCCAAGAGGUUGGCCAACUCCUGCAAGACAUGGGUGAUGAUGUAUACCAGCAGUACCGGUCACUUACUCGUCAGAGCAGUGACUUUGAUACACAGUCAGGUUUUUCCAUUAAUAGUCAGGUCUUUGCUGCAGAUGGUGCCUCCGCUGAGACUUCCACAUCUGGAACAUCCCAAGGAGAAGCAUCAACUCCGGAGGAGUCUCGAGAUGGGAAGAAAGAUAAAGAAGGGGACCGGGCCUCUGAGGAAGGCAAACAGAAGGGCAAGGGCAGCAAACCUUUAAUGCCCACCUCCACUAUUCUUCGUCUUCUGGCAGAGUUGGUGAGGUCCUAUGUUGGUAUUGCUACCCUGAUUGCCAACUAUAGCUACACUGUGGGCCAGUCUGAGCUGAUUAAAGAGGACUGUAGCGUGCUAGCUUUUGUUUUGGACCACCUCCUCCCACAUACCCAGAAUGCAGAAGACAAGGACACGCCUGCCCUGGCCCGCCUAUUCCUCGCAAGCCUGGCUGCUGCAGGGAGUGGCACAGAUGCCCAAGUGGCCCUUGUGAAUGAAGUAAAAGCAGCCCUGGGACGGGCACUGGCUAUGGCUGAGAGUACAGAGAAACAUGCCAGGCUUCAGGCAGUGAUGUGUAUCAUCAGUACUAUCAUGGAGUCCUGCCCCUCCACCUCCAGCUUCUACAGCAGUGCCACAGCCAAGACCCAGCACAAUGGCAUGAACAACAUCAUUCGACUCUUCCUAAAGAAGGGACUGGUUAAUGACCUGGCAAGAGUUCCUCACAGCCUGGACCUGUCCAGUCCAAACAUGGCCAACACAGUCAAUGCUGCUUUGAAGCCUUUGGAAACACUUUCCCGGAUUGUGAACCAGCCCAGUAGCCUUUUUGGCAGCAAGAGUGCUUCUAGCAAGAGCAAGUCUGAGCAGGAUGCCCAAGGAGCUGCUCAGGACUCCAGUAGCAACCAGCAGGACCCAGGCGAGCCUGGGGAAGCAGAAGUGCAGGAGGAGGAUCAUGAUGUCACUCAGACAGAGGUGGCAGAUGGGGAUAUCAUGGAUGGGGAGGCUGAAACCGACUCAGUGGUGAUUGCUGGGCAGCCUGAGGUGCUCAGUUCACAAGAGAUGCAGGUUGAGAAUGAGCUGGAGGACCUGAUAGAUGAGUUGCUUGAGAGGGAUGGCGGAUCUGGGAACAGUACAAUUAUAGUGAGCAGAAGUGGAGAGGAUGAAUCACAAGAGGACGUGCUGAUGGAUGAAGCUCCUUCCAACCUCAGCCAAGCUUCCACCUUGCAGGCCAACCGAGAAGAUUCCAUGAAUAUCCUGGACCCUGAGGAUGAGGAGGAGCACACUCAGGAAGAGGACAGCAGUGGCAGUAACGAGGAUGAGGAUGAUAGUCAGGAUGAAGAGGAGGAGGAGGAGGAAGAUGAGGAAGAUGAUCAGGAGGAUGAUGAAGGUGAAGAGGGAGAUGAAGACGAUGACGACGAUGGCUCUGAAAUGGAAUUGGAUGAGGAUUACCCUGAUAUGAACGCUUCUCCCUUGGUCCGAUUUGAGCGCUUUGACCGGGAGGAUGAUCUCAUCAUUGAGUUUGACAACAUGUUCUCCAGCGCUACAGACAUCCCCCCAUCCCCAGGAAAUAUCCCUACCACUCACCCACUGAUGGUACGCCAUGCAGACCACAGUUCUCUGACGCUGGGCAGUGGCUCCUCCACAACGCGUCUCACCCAGGGCAUCGGGCGCAGUCAGAGGACCCUAAGGCAGCUGACGGCCAAUACAGGCCAUACCAUUCAUGUUCAUUACCCUGGGAAUCGCCAGCCCAACCCUCCUCUCAUCCUUCAGAGGUUGCUUGGUCCUUCUGCUGCUGCUGACAUCCUUCAGCUGAGCAGCAGCCUUCCCCUACAAAGCCGUGGCCGAGCCCGCCUCCUGGUAGGCAAUGAUGAUGUCCACAUCAUUGCCAGAUCUGAUGAUGAACUGCUGGAUGACUUUUUCCAUGACCAGAGCACAGCUACCAGCCAAGCAGGGACCCUAUCCAGCAUCCCCACAGCCCUGACCCGCUGGACAGAGGAAUGCAAAGUUCUUGAUGCUGAGAGCAUGCAUGACUGCGUUUCAGUUGUUAAAGUGCCCAUUGUUAAUCACCUGGAAUUCCUAAGAGAUGAGGAGCUGGAAGAAAGGCGGGAGAAACGCAGAAAACAACUGGCUGAGGAAGAAACAAAGAUAACUGACAAAGGCAAAGAAGAUAAGGAAAACAGGGAUCAGAGUGCACAGUGUACUGCAUCUAAGACAAGUGACUCCACUGAACAGAACCUCUCAGAUGGGACUCCUAUGCCUGACAGCUACCCAACAACCCCAUCUUCAACUGACGCAGCUACGUCUGAGUCCAGGGACACCCUUGUCACUCUGCAGCCCUCACAACAGCAACAAACACUCCCUCCCCCACCAGCCUUGGGAGAGAUUCCUCAAGAGCUGCAGUCCCCUGCUGGAGAAGGGGGGAGCUCUACACAGCUACUGAUGCCUGUAGAGCCAGAGGAAUUGGGUCCCACAAGGCCAAGUGGAGAAGCAGAAACAACUCAGAUGGAGUUGUCCCCAGCUCCUACUAUAACCUCUCUUUCCCCAGAGAGAGCUGAAGAUUCUGAUGCGCUGACAGCUGUCAGUAGUCAACUGGAAGGCUCUCCCAUGGACACCAGUAGCCUGGCUUCCUGUACCCUGGAGGAGGCUGUGGGUGACACCUCAGCAGCUGGCAGUUCCGAGCAACCCACAGCAGGCAGCUCCACUCCUGGGGAUGCCCCACCUGUUGUGACAGAAGUGCAAGGCAGGGGCGAUGGGUCAGGGGAACCUACCCAGGCCCCUGAGGACAGCUCUCCCCCUGCAUCCUCUGAGAGUUCUUCCACCAGAGAUUCUGCUGUGGCCAUUUCUGGAGCAGAUUCCCGGGGAAUCCUAGAAGAGCCUCUGCCUUCAACAAGCAGUGAAGAAGAAGAUCCCCUUGCAGGUAUUAGUCUGCCCGAAGGUGUGGACCCCUCUUUUCUGGCUGCUCUGCCUGAUGACAUCCGCCGGGAAGUCCUGCAGAACCAGCUGGGUAUCCGUCCACCAACUCGGACUGCCCCUUCAACAAAUAGCUCAGCUCCUGCAGUGGUGGGGAAUCCUGGUGUGACCGAAGUGAGCCCUGAGUUCCUGGCUGCCCUGCCUCCAGCCAUCCAGGAGGAAGUAUUGGCACAGCAGAGAGCUGAGCAGCAGCGACGGGAAUUGGCACAGAAUGCCAGCUCAGACACCCCCAUGGACCCUGUGACCUUCAUCCAGACCUUACCCUCAGAUCUGCGCCGUAGUGUACUGGAGGACAUGGAGGACAGUGUGUUGGCUGUGAUGCCACCUGACAUUGCCGCUGAGGCUCAAGCCCUGAGGCGAGAGCAGGAAGCCCGGCAGCGACAACUCAUGCAUGAGCGGCUCUUUGGCCACAGCAGCACCUCUGCACUCUCUGCCAUCCUCCGAAGCCCGGGUACAGAGGGAGCUUUCACCAGUCGCCUCAGUGGCAACCGUGGAGUCCAGUACACUCGCCUUGCUGUGCAGAGAGGUGGCACCUUCCAGAUGGGGGGUAGCAGCAGCCAUAACAGGCCUUCUGGCAGUAAUGUGGACACUCUCCUCCGCCUCCGAGGACGGCUCCUCCUGGACCAUGAAGCCCUAUCCUGUCUCCUGGUCCUACUCUUCGUGGAUGAACCAAAGCUUAAUACUAGCCGUCUACACCGAGUACUGAGAAAUCUCUGCUACCAUGCCCAGACCCGCCACUGGGUCAUCCGCAGUCUGCUCUCCAUUUUGCAGCGCAGCAGUGAGAGUGAGCUAUGCAUUGAAACACCCAAGCUCUCCUCAAGUGAGGAGAAGGGCAAAAAGUCAAGCAAAAGCUGUGGGUCAAGCAGCCAUGAGAACCGGCCCCUGGACCUCCUACACAAGAUGGAAUCUAAGAGCUCCAACCAGCUUUCCUGGCUCUCAGUAUCCAUGGAUGCAGCCCUAGGCUGCAGGACUAAUAUAUUCCAGAUCCAACGUUCGGGGGGUCGCAAACAUACCGAGAAGCAUGCAAGCAGUGGCUCCACUGUCCACAUCCACCCCCAGGCUGCUCCUGUUGUCUGCAGACAUGUUCUGGACACGCUCAUUCAGUUGGCCAAGGUAUUUCCCAGCCACUUUACACAGCAGCGGACCAAAGAAACAAACUGUGAGAGCGACCGGGAGAGGGGCAGUAAGCAGGCCUGCAGCCCAUGCUCUUCACAGUCCACCAGCAGUGGCAUUUGCACAGACUUCUGGGACUUAUUGGUAAAACUGGACAACAUGAAUGUCAGCCGGAAAGGCAAGAACUCUGUGAAGUCAGUGCCAGUGAGCGCUGGUGGUGAGGGGGAAACCUCCCCAUACAGCCUUGAGGCCUCUCCACUGGGGCAGCUCAUGAACAUGUUAUCACACCCAGUCAUCCGCCGGAGCUCUCUCUUAACUGAGAAACUCCUCAGACUCCUUUCUCUCAUCUCAAUUGCUCUCCCAGAAAACAAAGUGUCGGAAGCACAGGCUAAUUCUGGCAGCAGUGCUUCCUCCACCACUGUUGCCACCUCAACCACAUCUACCACCACUACCACUGCCGCCUCCAGCACGCCCACUCCCCCUGCUGCAACCACCCCUGUCACUUCUGCUCCGGCUCUGGUUGCUGCCACGGCUAUCUCCACCAUUGCCGUAGCUGCUUCAACCACGGUGACUACCCCCACGACUGCUACCACUACUGUUUCAACUUCUACAACUACUAAGGCCAGCAAAUCUCCAGCAAAGGUGGGUGAUGGGGGCAGCAGCAGUGCAGACUUUAAGAUGGUAUCCUCUGGCCUUACUGAAAACCAGCUACAGCUUUCUGUGGAGGUAUUGACAUCCCAUUCUUGUUCCGAAGAAGGUCUAGAGGAUGCAGCCAAUGUGUUACUGCAGCUCUCUCGGGGGGACCCUGCGACCCGGGACACUGUUCUCAAGCUGCUACUGAAUGGAGCUCGCCAUCUGGGUUAUACUCUUUGUAAACAGAUAGGUACACUUCUGGCUGAGUUACGGGAAUACAACCUAGAACAGCAGCGACGAGCCCAGUGUGAGACCCUCUCUCCUGAUGGCCUGCCUGAGGAGCAGCCACAGACCACCAAGCUAAAAGGCAAAAUGCAGAGCAGGUUUGACAUGGCUGAGAAUGUGGUAAUUGUGGCAUCUCAGAAGCGACCUCUGGGUGGCCGGGAACUCCAGCUGCCUUCUAUGUCCAUGUUGACAUCCAAGACGUCUACCCAGAAGUUUUUCUUGAGAGUACUGCAGGUCAUCAUCCAGCUCCGGGACGACACACGCCGAGCUAACAAGAAAGCCAAGCAGACAGGCAGGCUAGGUUCUUCCGGUUUAGGCUCAGCUAGCAGCAUCCAGGCAGCUGUUCGGCAGCUGGAGGCUGAGGCUGAUGCCAUUAUACAAAUGGUACGUGAGGGUCAAAGGGCGCGGAGACAGCAACAAGCAGCAACGUCGGAGUCAAGCCAGUCAGAGGCCUCUGUCCGGAGGGAGGAGUCACCCAUGGAUGUGGACCAGCCAUCUCCCAGUGCUCAGGAUACUCAGUCCAUUGGCUCAGAUGGAACCCCACAAGGGGAGAAGGAAAAGGAGGAGAGGCCACCUGAGUUACCCCUGCUCAGUGAGCAGCUGAGCUUGGACGAGCUGUGGGACAUGCUGGGAGAGUGUCUAAAGGAACUGGAGGAAUCCCAUGACCAGCAUGCGGUGCUAGUGCUACAGCCUGCCGUCGAGGCCUUCUUUCUGGUCCAUGCCACAGAGCGGGAGAGCAAGCCUCCUGUUAGAGACACCCGUGAGAGCCAGCUGGCACACAUCAAGGACGAGCCUCCUCCACUCUCUCCUGCCCCCUUAACCCCAGCUACUCCUUCCUCCCUUGACCCAUUCUUCUCCAGGGAGCCCUCGUCUAUGCACAUUUCCUCAAGCCUGCCCCCUGACACACAGAAGUUCCUUCGCUUUGCAGAGACUCACCGCACUGUGUUAAACCAGAUCCUACGGCAGUCCACCACCCACCUCGCUGAUGGGCCUUUUGCUGUCCUGGUAGACUACAUUCGUGUCCUCGACUUUGAUGUCAAGCGCAAAUACUUCCGCCAAGAGCUAGAACGUUUGGAUGAGGGACUCCGGAAAGAAGACAUGGCUGUGCAUGUCCGCCGUGAUCAUGUGUUUGAAGACUCCUAUCGUGAACUGCACCGGAAAUCCCCUGAAGAAAUGAAGAAUCGAUUGUAUAUAGUGUUUGAAGGAGAAGAAGGGCAGGAUGCUGGAGGGCUCCUGCGGGAGUGGUAUAUGAUCAUCUCUCGGGAGAUGUUUAACCCUAUGUAUGCCUUGUUCCGUACCUCACCCGGUGAUCGGGUCACCUACACCAUCAACCCAUCUUCCCACUGCAACCCCAACCACCUCAGCUACUUCAAGUUUGUUGGACGCAUUGUGGCCAAAGCUGUAUAUGACAACCGCCUCCUGGAGUGCUAUUUUACUCGGUCCUUCUACAAACACAUCUUGGGCAAGUCUGUCAGAUACACAGAUAUGGAGAGUGAAGAUUACCACUUCUACCAGGGCUUGGUUUAUCUGCUGGAAAAUGAUGUCUCCACACUAGGUUAUGACCUCACCUUCAGCACUGAGGUCCAAGAGUUUGGAGUCUGUGAAGUUCGUGACCUCAAACCCAAUGGGGCCAACAUCUUGGUAACAGAAGAGAAUAAGAAGGAAUAUGUACACCUGGUGUGCCAGAUGAGGAUGACAGGAGCCAUCCGUAAACAGCUGGCAGCUUUCUUAGAAGGCUUCUAUGAGAUCAUUCCAAAGCGCCUCAUUUCUAUCUUCACUGAGCAGGAGUUAGAGCUGCUCAUAUCAGGACUGCCCACAAUCGACAUUGAUGAUUUGAAAUCCAACACUGAAUACCACAAGUACCAGUCCAACUCUAUUCAGAUCCAGUGGUUCUGGAGAGCAUUGCGUUCUUUCGACCAAGCUGACCGUGCCAAGUUCCUCCAGUUUGUCACAGGUACUUCCAAGGUGCCCUUGCAAGGCUUUGCUGCCCUUGAAGGCAUGAAUGGCAUUCAGAAAUUUCAGAUCCAUCGAGAUGACAGGUCCACAGAUCGCCUGCCUUCAGCUCACACAUGUUUUAAUCAGCUGGACCUGCCUGCCUAUGAGAGCUUUGAGAAGCUCCGCCACAUGCUACUAUUGGCCAUCCAGGAGUGCUCUGAAGGCUUUGGGCUGGCCUAAUAAGGCCCCGCCCACCACUGUGGGGUUUUUCUACCGUUGUUGGACCUGGGAAUGGGGGGAAAUGAAAACAAAAAAGAACCAGAAAGAAAAUGUCAAAAACCAAUAAAUGAAAUCCACCAACUCACCAUGUGUGUGUCCCAGCUUCCCCAUCUUCCCCAGCGCAUACCCGUUCCCCCUCUCCUGCUCAUUCUUUCUCCCUCUCUCCCUCUUCCUCACCUCCUCCCUGUUCCAUGCCGUCCAUGAUCCCCAGCCCAUGUGUUAAAAAGGCAUUAGCCUUUGCAGGGACCUGUUUGUCCCAACUGUUUGAACAGUGUGCUCCUCAGAUUCUGUGUUCAGAAGGAUUUGCUGCAUUGAGACUUGAAACCUUUGGAUAGGGGAAAAAUUAUAUAUAUAUAUAUUUUUUUGUUCUGUUUGCAUUUCUUAAUUUGUGCUUGGAAUGUGUUGAUGUGCACAGCUAAUGAUUCAAUGCGAGAUAAGAUUGGCGUCUGUGUUGUGGAGGUUUCAAAUAAAGAGCACUCUUCAUAACUCAC